AGUUCAUAUAAUCCAGGAGCAUUUUAAUAUCCUAAGCCUCAAGGCAAAGAAAAUAUCAAAUUUUCAAAACCAUCCUCCUUCGAAAGAAAAAUGACAGAGGAAGUUGCAGCCUCAGAGCAUGAGAAAUUUGAAGUCAAGUUCACUAGAAAAAGUGUUGUAAAAGCUGUAAAUCCUUCACCAGAGUCAUUUUCAGUUGUCACCCUCUCAAAUCUUGACCUCCUCUCAGGUCGUUUUCCUAUUACAUACUUGUAUUUCUACCGCAAACCAAAACAAGGUAACUUCAAAGCUUUUGUUGAAACUCUUAAAAUCUCUCUAGCACAAUUACUUGAUCACUAUUAUCCCUUUGCUGGCCAAAUUAUUCAAAAUCCCAAAACUAGUGAACCUGAAAUAAUUUGUGACAACAAUGGUUCUCUAGUCAUUGAAGCUCAAGCAAACACACCACUACACAAUUUAGAUUUUUACGAUCUCAAUGAAACUCUUCAAGAAAAAAUUGUCUCAAUUCAACCAGAUUUCCCCUUUCAAAUUCAGGUGACAGAGUUCACUUGUGGUGGCAUUUCAUUAGCAUUUAGCUUUGACCAUGCACUAGGUGAUGCAACUUCCUUUGGUAAAUUCAUCACCUCAUGGUGUGACAUAGCACAAAACAAGCCAUUGUCAUUCACACCAGACCACACUAGACACCUCCGAGCACGUUCUCCUCCAAAAUAUGAAUCUUCUUUAGACCAAACUUUCAUGAGGUGCACCAUGGAAGAGAUACAGAACAUGCCGGUGUACCGCAUUAAUAAAAUAAAACGCCUUUAUCAUAUCAAUGUAUCAAGUAUUAAAAUGUUGCAGGAGCUUGCUUCUAAGGGCACCAAGAGGACAAAGAUUGAAGCUUUCUCUGCAUAUGUGUGGAAGAAAAUGAUUGCCACUAUUGAUCAUGAAAAAUGCAAGAUGGGUUGGUUGGUGGAUGGAAGAAAAAGAAUGUGUAGAGGUAACAAUUCCAUGUCUAAUUACAUUGGCAAUGUUCUUUCUGUGGCUUUUGGGGAGGCAAGUGUUGAAGAAUUGAAAGAAGGGUCAUUAUCAGAAAUUUGUGACAUGGUGCAUGAGGCAAUUUCUAAGGUGAGCAAUGAGGCCCAUUUCUUGGAUUUGAUUGAUUGGGUUGAGUGCCACAGGCCUGGUUUGAUGCUGGCUAAGGCAGUGUUGGGCCUGGAGGGCCCGGGCCUCGUUGUGUCUUCAGGACAAAGAUUUCCUAUCUCUGAAGUUGAGUUUGGAUUUGGGCCCCCUUUGCUGGGGACAGUGUACACUUCCAUUGAAGGAGUGGGAGUUGGUUACAUGAACCAAAGGCCUAGUGCUCAGGGUGAUGGUUCCUGGACUGUGUCUGCUAUCUUGUGGCCUGAAAUGGUAGCUGCACUGGAAGAUGACCCAAUUUUCAUCCCCAUGACGGCUGCUCAUCUUCAACUUAAAUGCUUUGAAGAUGAAUAAGUAAUGUAUCAUGUUUAGAAAUUCUUUUGAAAAUCACGAUGAAGUCAAAAUUAUAAUAACAGAAGCAAAAGUUAAGUUAUUUUUGUCCACCAUAAUUUUAACUUCAUUGUGAUAUUCAAACAAGUUUCCAAACUCGCAUAAUUGAAAAAGAAGUUUAAUGUAUGACAAAUCUUAAGGAAAAUGUUGGGUGGCAUGACACUCAACCAAGCAUGACCCACAUGACUUGCACAA